ACACAACAAGCUUCAAGUCACUUCUCGAAACAUUCUUUCUCGAAGAAACUAGGCCAUCUUCUACGCUCGCGGUUAGAACAUCAAUCACGCUUACUCAUUUGGCCUACCAAUACUUCUUCUCACCUCAAAAAUCAUCCACACAACACUCACCACAAUGGCACUAAACGCCUACCUCAACAAAAAAGUAUCCGUCCUAACCCUCGACGGGCGGACCAUGGUCGGGACCCUUUUUUCGUGCGACGGCUCAAUGAACCUCGUGCUCGCCGACGCAUACGAACGCAUCAUUCGACCAGCCGAGGAAGGCGUACCGAGCGAAGAAGUACCGCUGGGAUUGUAUAUUGUGCGGGGCGAUAGUGUGGCGGUGUGUGGGCGGGUGGAUGAGGAUAUUGAUGAGAAGAUUGAUUGGACGAAGGUGCAUGGCGAGGUGCUGGGGAGUACGAGGCAUGUCUGAAGGGAUGACACAGAUACAGAGAACGAAAUUAUGGAACACUAUAGGGUCAGCGAGAAGGACACAAUGGCCGCGGAGACGAUCCGGUCAGCAGGAUCUGCAGGAAAAAUGACUCUGGAAGACAAAACGGCGAACGCAAGGCUGGGCGAAAGAUUGGAUACGACGGCCUUGCAGAGAGAUGAUACCCAUGAAAAUAUUUA